UAUCCAUUUUCAAGGGCUACGGACACUACAAACACAUGUAGCCAUGGGAACAUAAUACAUCCCUUAUAUAGAAACUAUCUCUCAUCCGCUAAGAGAAUACUUUCCCCGAGAUGGUUGCAUCUUGGAGAAAUGCAACGUAGUGUCAAUAUGCAACCAAUUUGCAAUAGCAACUGAUAGCAAUAGAGAAUAGGUACGGGACAAAGUGAUCAUCUGGAACAUCCCUGCAAUGUGUGUGUGCCUGGAGUAGCCUGUGCCUGGAGUUGGUACAAAUUCCAGAAGCAAAUUGCCAAUGCAGCUGGUAGUUCUUUGUUCGAUCCCCGGGACAAAGCAAAACCUUUCGCGCAUACCAACGCACGAAUCAUCUGGAUAGAAAUACACAUCACACUACACGAAUCGUUGUGCAUUCCAGGCAUGGGCAGGAUUGUGAAACAGUGGCAAUGGGAUUUCUUGUGUGUCUGAAAAUAGUGUUUUUCAAUCGUGUGCGCCCGUAGUGUAGUGUGUGCAUGAUACGAAUGGGGCAAACAACACAAGCAAUGAGGAUAAAAUCGUACAACAUCUCAACGCAGGGAGAAAGGUGAUAGAUUGUCACAACAGUGAACAAUCCACCCACAACAACGAUGUGCAAUAGUAUCUAUCACACACAUGUACUACAAUUGUGCGUGUGUGUUUGUUUGAGCAGUGUGUGAAAGUUCGUGUGCUUGUAAGCACACCAAAAACCUCGAAACUCUCCCUCCCGAUAUACAUUUGUGGAUACUUUCAUGUGUUGCACUAUAUUUCCUUCAUGCAGCGUAUUCUUGACAAAAUGUGUGUCAGCUACAUAUGUUUAUGCUUGUUUAUGGAUUAUGUCAUGGUGUAGUUUUAACAGCGACCAGCCAAGGUUUGGCCUCGAAUCAACAUUCUUCACUUAAAAUCAAACCCACACGCACACAUACAGGUGGUUCCAAACAUUCCAAACAUGCAAGCAUGUUCAAGCGAAUGUCAUCACGAGCAUGAAAAAUGUUGCCCAAUUCCUAUGUUCCACGCCUUUGUUUUGUUUCUAAACGAUUCUCAUGAUAACACAUUACAUUAAGUUUAUCCCUUUAUCUGUUGCCCAUUUUGCAUAAUAGACGUGAAUGAGUUAAGGAAUUGUUGUUUCUCUUUCACCUAAAGCAUCGUGAAUGUUGUGUUGUAAAUAGAUCAAAUGCGUAUUAAAGUGUAAAUGCAAAUGUGGAGGGGGCAAAAUAUGUGAGGAAUCGUUAGGAAACCUUUCACUUGACACGAUUUGAAGGGAUAAAAUCGUUAGUGACCCAAAUAGGACGUGAGUGAGCUCCGUGAUACCCCCAACGAUCAGCUUUCAAAUAAGCAUACAGAAAAUGGAUGCACAAAUGCAAUGCCAUUCGUUUUCAAAUGCUCUAUACCCGCAACAGUCAACUACAACAUAAAAUCUCGUCAAAUCAAUCAUACACCUUCGAUCAAAUGUCGUCAGCGAAUUCGUAAACAAUGUUGCAGCUGUAAGGAGUAGUGAGAGACAACGUUUAAAGCAAAUACAGUGUGUAAUCAUGUGCAAAAGGGUAUACUAUAUGGGACAAUAAUCAAGUAAAUAACUCACCCAUCGGUGGAAGGGUGGGGCACAUAGAAAAGUGGCCCCGAUGGCUGCAGCCCGGCCAGAAAAUGGCAGCAAGCAGGACAGCACAACGCUCCAGUCGAUGCAACGUCCAAAACCGCCCCACCAGCCAGCACCACCGUCAGCAUCGCCCUCCGUAGCGAACCGCUAUCCGACGAUCUUCCUAAACGCACGGAAACAGGUCGCCCGGUCGCCUGUGCCCCACGUGGUACGCCGGCUGGCCCCGGCACAACCACGCCGCCAUGUCCCUGCAGUUCCAACGGUACUCACCGGCAACAGUAAUACCGGUGCGGUACUAAUCAGUGCGGACAAUCUUCGCCGCACAGUGUACGCGACGGUUCCUUCCGUUUCGCUACACGGUAGCACUGGCUGCGGUAACGGGCUGACCAAUACGAUCGUUAGCUUUGCGGGCAAACAGGCGAUCACGAUCCCCGUACAGUCACCGAACGAACUAGUCUCGGUAGUACGGCCCACAGUUCCUACGCCUCCCGCUACCAUUUAUAAGCUAAUGAACGCAAACAGUGGACCAGCCGGGAGGAAACGAAUGCCACAGCUAGCACCUAAACCAGCAGUGAAAAAUGGUGAGCAAACGUUACCGGCUGCCCAACCACAGCUGCAGCACGAACCGAAACCUAUCGUGAGCGCUGCAAAUGGUGUUACCGGACGUGGUUCCACCGUGCAGUACAACAAUGCUCCCGGUUGGCGCCGGAUUCUACGUAAUAAAGUAAUCGUUUACAUUAGCCCUUCCAACAUUGUGCUUCACAAUUACGAACAGGUAAAGGAAUAUUUGCUGUCUUCCGGUACGUGCAAGUGUGGUUUACCGUGUCCGUUCAAUCCGGAACAUUUCUUUCAAUUUGAUGCUCAGAUUCCCAACAUGACGAUGGCUUCGAAAAAUCGUGAAGUAUUAUGUGCUCACAUUCAACGGGCACUAACCGGACCGGAGCGAUCGAAACGUUUGCACGAGGAAACGACACCAUCCGAAUGCGCCCAGCUGCCGAGUGCGGUUCAGAGUGCUGUUCUUCUUAAAACGCCCCCAUGGCGAAAGAAUGUUCCUAUGACCGCUUCUUCACCCCAAGCGACACCGGUUCCAGAAAUUGCUUUAAAUGCAAUGCCUAUGGCGCGGCUUAGCAAGCAAAGCGAUGUGAUAAGCACUCCGUACGCAGGUUCCCCGUCCGAUGCGAAUGCGAACGAGAGCGCCAGGGAAAGUCCGGAACAGAAGAAACCAACCUUCAAGGAUGAUCCGACCGGUUACCUGAACCAGCAAACCGCCAUACUGCACAGUUCGAUUUCGUUUCUUCAUUCACCGGAUCGCCGUUCGCCGUUGCCGUUAGUUGGCGAGCUUAGUCCGAAGCUGGGUGAAACGAGCCCGGUUGCAAAACCAUCGCCACCGAAGGAAGAUCGGAGUGCAAUAAUGCGCCGCCAACGAACGGUAAAUCGGACCAUACCGAUGUUAGGUGGUACGCAGCCAACGAUAGAACCGCAGGCAAAAAUUACGUCCCUUACGGGGGUGGUAAAGUACGAAACGAAACCACCGAACGUAUCCACAAAAUCAUCUCCGGCCAGUGCCAGCAGUAUUAAAUCCGCGGGGACGCUUAACGCGACCAAAUCACCGCUCCCGAUUGCUCGACUAGCGACCGGCGAACGGGGCAGGAUGGCUUACUAUGUGAAGGCGAAUAAUGUGACCCGUACACCGCACGGUACGGAUCAAUGUUCAUCGCCCAAGGUGCCAAAGUUGCACCUUUCACCCACUGGUGAAACGUUACCGUGUCCUAUAACGACCACAACCACGAUGACUACCACGACGAUAGCGCGAACGAACCCAAUCACAACACCCACCACAACCGGUACGAUGUUCGUCCCGACGCGUUCGUCGCACGUAAUCAAUGCGGGAGGCGCACAGAUAGUCGUCAUCGAUGGUUUGCAGCAUUCGGCUGUCGGUACUGGUACGGAGUUGGCUGGACGGGUGCGUAUUGGUGGGUUUCCGGCGGCACGCCACCAGCAGCAAACACCCGCCAUGAUGCCAACGGUUUCGAAACCGGCCCACCAACAGCCGACCGUCGUCAAUUACAGUUUAGCACGUGCACCGAACGGGACGGCACCGGUACCGGUACCGGUAAGCGCACUGUCCAGCACACCGAUGCCAACCACCACCACCGGUGCGAUGCUACUGAACGGUACGAACAUUAUUCACCUGAGCAAUGGAUUGUCAGCGUCCGCGUUUCACGGUGGUUUGCUCGCACCCGAAUCAUCCAAUCCGGCCGGCACAAAUCCAUGCCUGCAUCAGGUCAGUCCAACCGUACCGAGUGCGGGCAAAACUUCGCUAACACUACCAAAUGGAACGCUCGGGUUAGCGACCGGCUCGACGGUUGUACUCAAUCCCACCACGAGUAUACGGUUUGCGGACAAUACCAGCUUCACCACACCCGGUGGCUUUUCGACCGCAACUGUUGCGUCCAACACCUACCAUUACAGUCCAUGCACAACCGUACAAGGUACGGACACGGUUAGUCUGGACGUUACCGGUGCGCGUAAAAUGAAACGACAGUUGAAAACGCUCAAUGGCACAACGAGCGGGUUGGGAAGUGGAUUGGUGUUACCGGCCACGCCGGUAGCAACACUCAGCCAACAGCAACCGGCCACAUUUCAGCAGCAGCUGCAACCGGGACCAUUCGUACAGAUUGCCUCACCGUACGGUGGUUUGCAAAACAUUCAGCUCGCCUCGAGCUUAUCGGGCAUUACUGUGGUACCGGUAUCGAAGGCAACACCGCUCGUGCAACAGCAUCAACCUCACCAGCAGCAACAUCAUCAGCAACCGUACGGUUUGCUCGGCCAAACGCAAACCAUACUUCUGCCGGCCGGCAGCAUGGUAAUGGCAUCGGAUGCAAACACCGCCACAGCUACACUGUUGCAGAUACAGAACAUGACACCAUGCGGUGGCAACGCGCCGCUGCUAGCUGGUCAAACCGGGCUUGUACUGCGUCACCAGAAACCACCGUCCACCGCCGGAUUCAUCUCGACCGUGGGCCAACAGUCGUACCUGAUCGGUGCCAAUGGAACCACCGGUACGACCCGCACACCGGCUGUCGCGCAACGUUGCCCUGGUACGGCGCUCUUCGGCAAUGGUGGCAGUCUCGGUAUUGUUACCGCCACCCAAACGCUACCAGUCGCUAACCUUACGAUGCAGCAGCAGCCGCAGCAGCUUUCGCUCGCACCAUCCACCACUACAAAUCGUACCGAGAACGCUCCACACACACCGACAAAGCUAGUCGAUGGUGUACCAUCGCAUCUUACCAGCACGGUACUAUUACAUCCCGACGUUACACCAAGCCACAGCAAUCAACCGGAAUGUAGCGAGGAGAAUGGGAACGAAACGAAACCAUCCAGCAGAGAUGGUGCAACGGGACGUACCGAGCUUAAACCGAACUGUGUUUCUAUCACCGAAACCGAGGUGCCUGGGAUAGCAUUUACACUGAAAGGCCCGCUACUUGCAGAGCAACAGAGAAAGCAGCAGGGUCCUUUGGCUGAAUCAUCAAAUCGCACCGGAAGGAUCGUUUCACCAGCAUCCGUGAAUCGUGCUGCUAGCAUCGGGUUCGUACGCCGUGGACCCUCGGUACAGGCUGUGAGUAAACAGGACCGUGGCAAAUUAAGUAUCGCUAUACCACCAACCACGCCCGAAGGAUCCACGUGCCUACUGACGGAUGUGCGCCCAGAGCAAAGCUAUGACGGUAAUGCUGCGUUAAAUCAAAAAACUUCCUCCAAAAGCCGCACCAAGCGACGAUUGCUACGGGGUCAGAGUGAUCCGGACGAGCUGAUGUCUGAUGAGGCGAGAGAACAGCAACGUGCUGGUGCGCGUCAGUUUCGCGUCGGCGAUCUUGUUUGGGGUGCGGUACGUGGAUUUCCUGCCUGGCCCGGUAAGGUGCUGCCGGCACCAGCACCAACCAUUAAUGACGUCCAAGAAGGUUUACAAGUGACACCAGCCGGCGAAGAUACGGUCGUGCCGACAGCACCGGACGCACAAAUGCAGGCCCACGUCUGGGUACGGUGGUUCGGUACGGGACGUGCCAGUGCGGAACGGGUCGAGGUUGACACACUACAGAGCCUUUCCGAGGGUCUAGAGAUACAUCACCGAGCGCAGAAGGAUGCUAGAAAGAGCCGUAAAUUAAACGCACAGCUUGAGCAAGCGAUACAGCAGGCGAUGCAGGAGCUUGAUCAUGCGGCCACGUCGCCCGGAUUUAGUCCGCGCGGGUCCGUACUCGAGAAACAGCGGCGCCGUCGGCACCAGCGACGUCAAACGACGUGUAAGCGGCAUCGUACCGUCGGUGCGAGUGAAGGCAACAGUACCGGCAGCGUCACUAGCAACAUGUGCAAUAGAAAAGGCGCUAGUGUGCGGUAUUUGCGCGGUAACAAAUUUAAAGCCAAAUCGUAAACCAUCGAAGCAUAGCUCCGUGAAGGUGUGGGUAGGGGGUUGAACGUAGCAAGCAAGUAUUGCAAAAAAACAGGUAGCCGUAAACCGUAUCGUAACAUGACUUUAUGCUAGAUUGCGUAUCGCUCGAAAGUAAACAGCCCAGCAUAAACUAGCAGCAUGGAAAGAAUUUCGCAAAACUAGAUUGUUGAUAAAUAAUUGUUAGAUGUGAACAGUAGGCCUUUUGUCCUAACUCCUUUCGUUAUUAGACCUUUGUUUUGUAUUGCCUUAGAUCACCCACACCAAUGCCGUUUUUUUAUCACGAUUUAAUAAUUUUUGAAUGUUGCUAUUCUUUUUUAAUUUGUAAACAACUAUUUUAUUUGCAAAUGGAUCUUUGUAAUCGUUCGUUGUUUAGAACGAACAACAAGAUACAAUGUGCUUAUUAUUUGCAAUAUCGUUUUAUUUGUGUUUAAAGAUAAGCAACCUGAGUUUAUACAUUUGAAUUGCCAUUGUUCCGUUGUGUGGUUGCAGCUUUCAGUUUGAAAAGCAUUUGUUUUGUUUUUGUUCACUUAACUUAUGACAAUUUUUAAGGGCAUAAUAUCAAAAGUGUAUAAAAGUGCGUCACUGUGCCCCGGGUUUGUUUCUUGUGUGUUUUUUUUUUGUUAUCCUAGCAAAAUUCUAAACGCCUGUACUCAAUAAUGCAAAUAAUCUAUCCAUCGGAUAGGCGCAUGUACGAUCGUAAACUUGAUAAUACGAUACAUGUUCUGUGUGGUGUUGCAUCGAAUAAUACAAUUUUUCGGUCAGAUGGAUGGAUGCAUGCAGCAAAAUGUGAAAUAGAAAAAUAUCAUUUAACUGUCGCAACCUUAUAGGAGCAAGAAAUUGCAUCGAUGUUCGUUACCAUUGGGGGAAAAAGAAAAUCAACAUGAAACGCGAAAGCAAAGAGCGAAAGAUAGAUAUAGGCAAAAGAAAAAAUAGUAAUAAGACACGUACGAAUAAGUCGGUAAGCAGACAAUUGUUGCAAUGUUGUAUUUUAAGCAAAAAAAAAACUCAGCUUAGUUUGGACGUUUUAAUUACUUAACUUUACAAAAUCUCGAACCUGAAACCAACCAUCAAAGUGGUUCCUUAGACAAUGAUAAGGUUUUUGUUUGUUUUGUUUUUAAUUAGCAUCACUAUUGUUUGAUCGAAACAAAUCAUUCAACUUCGAACACCCUAAACGAAUUGCAUAUUCAUACACGUAUCAAAUCAAAAUAUCUUUGCCGUACACAGAUCUGUUUCGAUCUGGUUUAUUUUUGUUCGCGCCUGCCGUUAAUUAACAAAAUGAGAUUGAGCAGUAGGUCGCGUGAAAUCUGUUAUGUUUUGUUUCAUUUUUGUUGUAUAUUUCAACUUAACAUUAUAAGAUGAGUAAUCCCAUAGGGGUUACGGCGUAACGUAAGUGUGUUAAUCAAAAACCAAUUAAUUAAUGUAUAACUGAACAGCUUUGCGUGCGGGGUGAGGGUAAUGUUUGUUUUUAUAAAUAACUAUUAUUAUUAUUACUAUUAAACGGAUACUAAUUUUGCAGUUCUCCGAACACACGUGUGUUAGCGAACGAGAAGUUAAAACAAAAAAAUCAGCAAUUUCAACACAAUGCAGUGCGAAACAUAAGUGAGCGUUAGUUAGUUAGUAUUGCUCUAUAGACGAAAGCGACAAGUGUACGUGCGUGUCUUUGUGUAUUUGUUUCGAAAAAUAUAUUGUUUAAUGUUUUGUUUGUUAGUUUCAUUUCUAAUUUGUUACUGUUAAUGCAUCUAGUUUAUUGCCAACAUUAUUCUUGUUGUUGUUGUUGUGAUUAAAAUGAGUUUUAAGGCAGGAACAGGGGGAUGUGUAUGGAAACAAAAAACACACGCGUGUGUUUAACAAAACAAAACAAAAAACCAACAAAGGCUAGUUUCUUUUUUCAAAUCAAACAGCAGGAAGCAUGAUAAUGGUGCAGAUUAAAAACAGACAAUAAGGUACACCCAUUCCAGAAUAGUUGCAGAACAGUGGAAGGUUAGCGAAGCAUGACACUAAAAGGCCCUUAUACAAACUCAAAACGGACACCAGGCAAUAGUGUUGUAAAGGAUUCGUUAACCACAACCUACAACAAUCACCACGAUCCGAUCCCAUUUCCUCAUCAAAUGAAACAAUACGAUAAAUAAACUAAACACAGAAAACACGGUCUAAUUAUUUAUAUAAGCGAUGUACUCAUGGGAUAAUAAAUGGAAAAAAACCGACUUUUAAGGUCGAAUACACUCGGGUACGGUAGACAGGCAUCGGGCCGACCCUUUCGUGGGCAUGUGUGUAGAGAUUGUUUUAGUUAAAAUGUGUAAAUUAUUGUUUGGUUGCAUAAAACAAAAUUGUGAAACAGAUCAGAACAA